AUGCUACAAUUCCGUGGCACUCAAACCCUUUACAUCGAACUAUACGACGCUGCAGUCAUAAGCAAAUUGCCGAUUUGUGCAGAUGGCCAAAGCGUAUACAUUCAGAUCAAAGGCCAUCAGAUUGAUCAAGCGGCAGAAACCAUUGGCGAAAUCCGCUUUGAUACAAUUUUUAGUUUAGCUCGUCUCAUUUCAAUUUAUGAAAGUGAACGCAAUGAUGAUAGUAGACGCUUUUUGAUGACUGAUUCUAAGUUUCCAUUCAUAACUGCCACAGGAUCUCAAAAAGCAUUCACAUUCUAUAAGCAUUGUUGUGAUCAUGUGUUCCGUAGCUUGGCAUUGCAUGAUGGAUCUCUCCUUAGCUUACCCCACGAUGGCGGUACGGGUUUUCCAAUAAAUCAACUCAACGAUCUCAACAACGAAGGAGUAAAAUUCGCCAAGAUGAAUUCGUGGAAGGAAAUCGUUGCCGAAACGCAACGACAACAUACGACAUUAUUGCUGUUACCGGAUGGAUUCAGACACGUGAACUCAGCGUUCAAGCCGCAGCACAACGUCGAAAGAAAAGUAUACUACAAGUUCUAUGAAGUCAGCAGAUUCUUGGAAACAAGUUCCUCGAAUACUUGUAUUGUAGUGGGUCCAACACUGGAUGUCACUCCGCCAAAGAAAGAGUGGUGUAGAUUCGCCUCAGCUUUAGCCGCAGCGGCUCGCAAUGGAAACCAGAGUUAUCGUCCUGGCGCCACCACGUGGAGACGCGGCUUACGCCCAGAA